UCCUUCUGUCGACUCGUACACUUCCGGAAGAAGCGGAAGACAACAGUGGCAGUUCACGGCAUAUGUGUUUUUUCAAACAAGAAAACUGAAGUAGAUAUUUUCAUUCCAGUCGUUUGACAGCCGGAUAUCUAAACUGUCAACAUGUUUUCCUUUCAAGUUUUCGACCACGCGAUGGCCCGAGGCUUUCAGAACCGCUUCUCUACUCAGUAUCGCUGCUACUCGGUAUCUAUGCUGGCUGGUCCAAACGACCGCUCCGAUGUGGAGAAAGGAGGCAAAAUAAUAAUGCCACCCUCAGCUCUCGACCAGCUCAGCAGGCUUAACAUCACCUAUCCAAUGCUGUUUAAGCUGACAAACAAGAACUCAGACAGAAUGACACACUGUGGUGUUCUGGAGUUUGUGGCAGAUGAGGGAAUCUGUUACCUUCCACACUGGAUGAUGCAGAAUCUUCUGCUGGAGGAAGGUGGUCUGGUUCAAGUGGAGAGUGUUAACCUUAUGGUCGCCACUUACUCAAAGUUUCAGCCUCAGAGCCCAGACUUCCUGGACAUCACAAACCCCAAGGCCGUGCUGGAAAAUGCAUUGAGAAACUUUGCGUGCUUGACUACUGGUGAUGUUAUCGCUAUCAACUACAAUGAAAAGAUAUAUGAGCUACGAGUAAUGGAGACCAAACCAGAUAAAGCAGUGUCCAUCAUUGAGUGCGAUAUGAACGUGGAUUUUGAUGCUCCAUUGGGUUACAAAGAGCCUGAACGACGACCUCAACACCAGGAAGAACCGACAGAGGAAGAAGGAGAUCCCAGCAGUUACGCUGACAUGGACAUGGGAUUCAGGGCUUUUACUGGCUCUGGCAAUCGAUUGGAUGGUAAAACAAAGGGGAUUGAACCCAGCCCUGCUCCUCUUGCCCCAAGUGACAUUAAAAGAGGCAUUCCCAACUAUGACUUCAAAGUUGGCAGAAUCACCUUCAUCAGAAACUCCAGACCUCAGCCGAGAAAAAUUGUAGAUGAUGAUGAUGCCAUGAACAGAUUCAUCGCCUUCUCUGGACAAGGACAGUCGCUACGCAAGAAAGGCAGAAAGCCUUGAAGAAUCACAAAUAAAGAAGCUGGUUUAUGUGCACAAAUCUCACUUAUCUUUGGUCACCUUCAGCAGCAAAGUAAAAAAGAAAAAAGAAAGAUCUUAUGAUGCAUUGGAGUGUUGCCUCUCUGUUGCUUUUAAAUGGGAGUUUUGCUGUGACUUUGGAUUAUAGUAGAUCUCUGGCAGUAAUGUUUUUGCUUAAAAAGACUGAACUGCAUAAAUUACUGUCGGUUCUAAUUUGAUGUUCACAAGUUCAGGUUGGCAGAUUUGAGCCAGGCAGUUUAGAUUAUAUCACCAACACAAAGCAUAACUUGUGAAUUAUUGCUGUAAAGAUAUCAGAUUUGAUUUACCUUUGACUUAGAACAACCUCCCCUCUUCCGUAAUUGUCACAUUUUUACAAUUCAAUUUAAGUGUGCUGUUAUCCAGAACCCUGUGUAAAAUGGGAGCAAUAAUACUUUUAAUGAUAAAGGAAAUAAUUUUAUGCUUGAGUUUUUUCCAGGGAUAUAAAAUAAGAAAUAAUUCGCAAGUUUUUUUCUCCCCUUUUUCCUGGUUUAUUUAUAAACAAAUAAAGGAUUGUGUUUUGAAAUGAA